AUGUCCGCCGUCGAAAUAGUCGGCCAGGACGAACACCUUCGGGACCUUCUGGCGCCGUUUGCCUCGGAUGCCGAGGGGUCGCCCGGGAUAUUCCUGUGCGAUGACCCAGUCCUGGGCAUGCAGCUCGUGAAUCAGAGCGAGAUCCGGGCGUCGACAGUGGCCCAGGCCGGGUUCUUGCUGGACGCCGCCCUGGCCAGCCGGACGCAGACGUCGCCGUCGCCGCAUCUGCUCGUCACGCUGGAUCUAUACCAGUACGCCGUCACACCCAACGGCACCCGAGCUGCUGUUUCAGGAGGUCGCAGCAGACUACACUUGCUGGAUUUGAGUGGAGGAGCAGACAGACUGGGAAAAAUGGGAGGGAGCAGUUUGAACAAUUGGGAGGAAUGUGGAGUGGCCCGAGUCGGAGCAGACGGGAGUUCGGCCUCGUCUGACCCAGACCCAUCCAGCAGUGAGCAAAGCUGUGACACGGUCAUCUACUUGGGUCCAGCCAUGGACGAUGCCACUGACGGCGAACACCCGCCUUCAGUCGCCAUCCCGAAUCUCAGUGACCCCAGCUACAAGUGCGCUUUGGACCGAUUGGGGAACAAUGUGGGACCCAGGUUCCUGUCCAGAGCUUGUUCCGAAGUCAGAUCCCAGUGCACUGUCGAGAAAGCUGCUGCUGCUGCUGCUGCCAGCAGGAGAUUCGGACUCGGGUCACGCGCCAUGACCUGUGUGUCUCUUCCUGCAAGCCCACUUCGCGGCCCUCGACACCACCAACAACAGCAACAGCAACAACUACAACAACAACACCACCAGCAGCAGCAAAGUCCUACCCUGCAAUACCUCAUGCGGGUGUCCCGAUCCCCGGCUGCUGCUGCUGUCCACCGUCUGCCAGCAGUGCCGCCACCUGCAUCGGCAUCAGCCGCCGUUCAUCCUCCUCCGAGACACUACUUCCGGGCGCCUCUGCCGCCGCCACUGACGACGACGCAGCAUCUGCGGAAUAAUCAUCAGCCCACCACCAUCAGCAGCAGCAGAGAGCAAUGGAUUGAUGGUCCACGGUCCACGCAUCAAGUAAUACCCGUGCCAGCUGGGAAUAAGUUGAACACGACCAAGGCCCAGGACAGUCGACAGCAGCAGCAGCGACACCUAUCCUCAUCGUCUUUUUCUUCCGCUCGCCCCGCAAACGCUGUUGCGCCGCCUGCGCAGCUGCAAGUGACACCUGCCCGUGGAUCCUCGCAACACCAAGUUGCUCAGACCCCGCGUUUGUUCAGUUAUGGGUACAUGGACGCGCAUAAGAUUUCCAUGAUUGAGAGAUGGGUGGAGGUGCAAACGGCGCAUUUGGAUGAUGGUCGAGGAGGAGGAGGAGGAAUGGAUUCGAAUCACAACUUGGGUGAUCAACAUCAACAUCAGCAGUUGAUUGUGACUGAGAUGAGCAGUCGUGCUGGGCCAGCACUGAUUUCUCCAAGUGAUGGGACUGGUGGUCGAGGAGGUGUUGAUGAUGAUGAUGAGAUACGCUUGGAUAUCGCACCACUUGCGACAAACGCAAGAGGUUUUGUGUCGAUUUCGCAGGAAACAUCUCAUGAGCCUUGUUUCAAAGACUCCCGUAUUUUGGACAACAACCGGAACGAGAAUGAGGCGAUUCCUUCCACGAAGCCCAGUGUUUUGCUGCCGUUGCUGGGCCCGCAAAACACUUCUUUGGUCGUCGACAAAUCUUGUCAUCUGCCGUCUCCAGUUGCUCUGGAGUCUGGUGACGAUGGCACAGACAAUGUCGAAGCUGUAGCAGUGACUCCACGUGAAACUUCCGUUUUCAUGACGGAUUCUACUGCCCAGGUUACCGAGGAAGACAUCGCCAUGUGCAUGGGACUGCUGACGGAAAAUGCUUUGCCUGAAUUGGAUGGAGAAAGUGGAACUGGUUCUGAUCAUCCCCUACGGAUCUUGAGUCAGGAAAACAUCACGAUCGUAUCUACUUUGGCUUCAGAUCGUUGGUCGCUAUCUUCGGGUGACGACCAUGGCCAAGACGACAAUGACGAUUUGUUGAGCUGGACUGUCCAGGAGCUGUCGAACUCUUGGGGCAAGGAGUACUUUUCUCGUCGCUUCUCGUCGGACCGGGGGAUUAUUAGUGACGAGCGCCGUGUUCAAAGACCACCCGAAGCCAGUUCUGAUGAGAAACCGGAUUCCGAUUGUCAGCAGGUUACGUCGAGGUUCUGUCCUGUAUUCGGCGACCUGCGAAAGCCAGACGGGGCUUCCAACCCGAACCUCUCUCAUGUACCCACGGAAAUGAUGCACCAUCAUCCUCAUCAUCAUCAUCAGCAGCUGCAGCAGGACAAUAAUAGUGACGCACUCACUCGCAUCUACGAAGAAUUGUCCCCGAGUUCUUCUCCACAUGAGGAAGACACGUCAGACACUUGCUUACAACCCGCAUCAUCCUCUGCGGAAGACGAAGAAGGUGAUCCAGUUCAAGUGGAUCAACCGGAUGAUGACCGGGAAUCCGAACUGGUGCCCAGCAACGUAGACGCCACCAUUUGUCCAGAGCAAUUUUGGCAGUUUAAAGAGGUUACGUCGAGGUUCUGUCCUGUAUUCGGCGACCUGCGAAAGCCAGACGGGGCUUCCAACCCGAACCUUUCUCAUGUACCCACGGAAAUGAUACACCAUCAUCCUCAUCAUCAUCAUCAGCAGCUGCAGCAGGACAAUAAUAGUGACGCACUCACUCGCAUCUACGAAGAAUUGUCCCCGAGUUCUUCUCCACAUGAGGAAGACACGUCAGACACUUGCUUACAACCCGCAUCAUCCUCUGCGGAAGACGAAGAAGGUGAUCCAGUUCAAGUGGAUCAACCGGAUGAUGACCGGGAAUCCGAACUGGUGCCCAGCAACGCAGUGCUGGGUAAUAAUUUGGGUCUCAGGGGUUCCGGGAAGUUGCUGGGCAGAGUGAGCAAACUCUUGGCUCGCUCUGAGCACAGACUUCCCUCACUUGCCAGCACUACUGAAGUCUCUUCGUCUGCGAGAUCACCGUUCAGUGCCGGAAAGAAUUCACCGUCGUUGCACGGAGAAAGUUCUGGCUACGAGAGCUUUUUGCGGGAUAGCGAAUGUUCGGGCAGCUCCUUUAGCCGAGGCUCAGACCCGGAGGAAGUCACUUCGUCGCCCGUGAGGUUGAGGUAUGAUCAACAGCAGCAGCAGCAGCGACACCUGCCCGAGACUAACAACAACAACAACCAUUGCAACGCGAGAGCCAACAGCACCAAGCUUCCCAAGACGCACGUUGGUUGCUUCAGGAGUUCCAGAAAGUUUGAAGGGUCCAAGUGCAAAGCUCAGAAGGGAUGCAACACUUCGGGAAUGUCUGAAGAAAUUCGAGAACGU